UCUGCCACCGACCUGGAUGCCACCCCCAGGACAACAGUCGCCUUUGAUGAGCUCUCGGGCGUCCGGCGCUUCAGCGCGAGCACCCUCAACUACAGCACCCUGCUGCUGGAGGACGACCGGGGCAUCCUCUACGUGGGUGCCAGAGGAGCCAUCUUCGCCCUCAACUCCAGCGACGUGGCCGACGGCUCCCACCGCAUGAUCCAGUGGGAAGCCUCCCCGGAGAAGCAGAUGGACUGCUUGGAGAAGGGCAAAAACAACAAGACCGAGUGCUUCAACCACGUGCGGUUCCUGGAGGCCUUGCGAGGCGGGUCUGUCCCCUCCUGUCUGACCCAGUCCCCUCUCCCCCUCAAGGAUGCCGACGGGUUCACGUUGCCGACACACUUGGAGGAAGGCAAGGAGAAGUGCCCGUACGACCCUGCCCGUGGCUACACCGGCCUCAUCGUGGAUGGCGGUUUGUACACCGCCACACGCUACGAGUUUCGGAGCCUCCCUGACAUCCGGAGGAACCUGCACCAGCGGCCGCUGAAGACGGAGGAGUCCCCGCUGCACUGGCUGAACGAUGCCGAGUUUGUGGCCUCCGUGCUGGUCCAGGAGAGCAAGGACAGCCCUGUGGGCGAUGAUGACAAAAUCUACUACUUCUUCACGGAGCGAGCGGGCGAGGAGACCACGUCCUUCUUCGACAAGAGCCAGGUGGCCCGAGUGGCCCGAGUCCCUGCACCCUCACAGAGCGACGUGGGGGGGAAGAAGAUCCUGCAGCGCAAGUGGACAUCCUUCAUGAAGGCACGCCUGGUCUGCUACAUCCCCUACUACGAGGUGCUGCGCAGCAUCUGCAGCCUGGACGGGGGCGGCUGGGCCAGCACCGUCUUCUACGCCGCGUUCACGCUCUCAGCGCAGGGGGGCAGCAGCCAAAAUGGCUGGGGCUAAAAGAGGACCAUGGAGGCCUCAGCCGUGUGCCGCUACAGCAUCUCGGGGGUGCAGCACGCCUUCGAGGGCCCCUACAUGGAGUACCAGGACUCGGCUCGCAAGUGGUCCCGCUACGACGGUGCGGUGCCUGAGCCCCGGCCCGGCUCCUGCAUCACGGACCACUCCCGCAGGAAGGGCUACAACUCCUCGCAGGACCUGCCCAACAGCGUGCUGGACUUCGUCAAGCUGCACCCGCUCAUGUUCGAGGAGGUGAAGCCGGCCGGCGGGGAGCCGCUGCUGGUGAAGAAGAGCGUGGCGUACAGCCGGCUGGCCGUGCCCAGGGUGCGGGCCCUCGACGGCCGCACCUACGACGUGCUCUUCAUGGGGACGGGUGAGGAACGGGAGGAGGUGCAGGUGUUCAGCGACCCGCAGCCCGUGGAGAGCCUGGUGAUCUCCCACGCCCAG